ACAUGACAGUAUAACUCAGAUUGAGCCAGCUACUUUAUACUUAUUAAUGGGCUAUUUAGUUUUCAUCACUAAAUCUCGUUUAAUAAUCAUGACAAUUACAUAAUUCAAUUAAUUAUGUAAUGAGUUUGUCUUCAAAAAUGCAUUAAUCAAUGGUAUUUACUCAUUACAUACUAAUACAAAUAGUAAUCGUAUUAUUAUCAUCAAUAAAAGUAUCAUUAAUGGCAUCAUAAACGAGAUAAUAGUUUCAAAUGACACAAUGACAGAUGAUUACAACUUAUGGAAAACUAUAUUACUUGGAGUUCUAUUAACUAUUGCUGCCUUGUUAACGAUAACUGGAAAUGUUCUGGUUUUUAUAGCUUUUCUUCGUGAAAGAUAUAUGCGUAAAAAUUUAACUAAUUGGUUUUUGGUUUCAUUAGCUAUAGCAGAUUUAUUAGUUGGAAUUAUUGUUAUGCCAUUUGCUAUUUAUCAUACAUUAUAUAAUGCAUAUUGGCCAUUUGGACGUCAUUGGUGUGAUAUAUGGCAUGCAUUUGAUGUAUUAAGUUCUACAGCAUCAAUAUUGAAUCUCUGUGCUAUAGCAUUGGAAAGAUACUGGGCAACUGAGAAUCCUAUCACGCAUACAUCAAUGAGAACACGACGUCAUUGUUUAUUAAUGCUUACGUUUGUAUGGAUUUGUUCAGUACUUAUAUCAUUUCCAGCAAUUUUUUGGUGGAGAAAUACACAGGAUUAUGAUAUUAGCUCUUUGAAAGUAUGCCAAUUUACAUCGGACAGUAUUUACUUAUUUGUCUCAUCAUGUGUGUCAUUUUAUAUCCCAUUAGUGGUUAUGUUAGUUGUUUAUGCACGCAUUUAUCGAACUGCUAAUAAUUUAAUGAAAAGUUUUAAAACUGGUGAAAAAAUUGUUUACUCAAAUCCAAAGCAACAAUCAUCAUCAACUCUGAAUUUUCAAGCAACUAAUGUGUCAAAUGAAAAAAAACAAAAACACUGGCUGAAACACUAUCACAGUAAAAUAAAAACACAGAAUUUCAUUACACCACAAAUUGGAGAUAGAAUGAUACUACGUGUUCAUCGUGGAGGAAAUGCUACUAACAAAUACAGUAAUAGAAGUAAUAAUACAUUUAAAACAACCAAAUUGAAGACACAUCCUAAACCUCAUCGUUCACCUUUCAAUUAUUUUGAUAAGGGUAUAAUAAAACGGAAAAAAAUGAAUGAUUUAACAAAUUUCAAAAGUUCACUUUGUUUAAAUAAGCAUAAUAUUAACACAAUGUCAAAUAUCAAUACAAGAAGUAACAUCACUUCUAAAAGUUGUGUUUUGAGUAAUUCUAUAAUUUCUUCAGUAAGUAAAUUUGAUAAUUGUCAGUUAAAAUCUGAUAAAAAUCAUUGGAAUCAUACAAAUUCUUUAAUGCAAAUUCCAAUUCAUUCUCAAAUUCUCACUGACAGUUUUAGUAAUCAUAAUAAGUUAACAAAUAAUCCAUUACAAGAUCAAACUAAUUUUAAACGUUCAUAUUCAUUCAGCAUCCUUAGUUGUUUAUCUCAUUCACAAGAUAGUCAAAGAUUAAAAAAAUCUCAAUACCUGAAAUCACAAAUAUUACCAUUUCAAUCAUCGAUAUACAAGAAGAAUCCACAAGCGUUACAAUUUAAACAAUGGAAUAGUACAUGUCAAUAUGAACAAAAUCAGUUCACUGAUUAUCAAUCUAAUAAUAAUAUAGAUAAAAAGUAUUCAAAAAAUCAUUCUGGUGUAUCAAGUGACAAGUGUAAACAUCCAGUUGCUAGACUUAGUAUGAAUCAACAAAAUAUCAACAAUAUUUCACUGAUGAAUUACACCACUGCAAAUUUUACUUUGGUAAAUGUGAAUACUACUACUAUGACUUCUAAUUCAGUUGAUGAUACAAAUCAAAUCGAAAUUAAUUCACUAUCAAAAACAAAAUGUUGGAUAAAUCAGUUGAGAGAGUUUGCUAGAAAAAAAUGUGUUUGUAAAUUUGCACGUGAACAAAAAGCAGCUAAAACGUUGGGAAUUAUAAUGGGAUUAUUUAUAAUAUGUUGGUUACCAUUUUUUGUUUGUAACAUUCUAAUUGCAUUCAAUCCAUAUUCAUUAAAUCAAAAUAAUGUGUUUAAACAAGUCCACAUUUUAGUGACCUGGUUAGGCUAUAUAAAUUCAUGUAUUAAUCCAAUUAUAUAUGCACAUUCAAUGCAUGAAUUUCGUAGGGCAUUUAAACGAUUGCUAUGUUUUCACUGGUGGUAUCGUAAAAAAAUUCAGCUUAGGAAAUCAACCUCCUUUAAAAGUCGUUGUUUAUCUCAUCGUAUAACUUCCCAUCAUCAUCAUAAUCAUAGUCAUCACCACCGACAUCAUCAUCAUCAUCAUCAUCAUCAUCAUUAUCGUCAUCACCAACAUGAUCAGCAUCAGUCUGAUGAUCAUUUAUGUAAAUAUAAAUUUGAAACUAUCUAUGAAACACAUCAACCAACACCAAAAUAUCCCAGUGUUACAGAUUAUCAGCUAACAAACUGUCAUUUAUUACAUCAAGAUCAUGAGAACAGCUAUUUAUCGUAUAGUAUACUUGUACCAAAUUUAAGUGAUUCUAUUUGUUCUUAAAAUCAAUAACAAUAAUGAAAGAAAAUCCAAAAUUAUUAUUUUUUUGGAUUAAAUUUAUAUAAAGAUUCUUUUCUUAAGUAAUAAACUGAAAAAUAAAGUUCUUCUAAGAACUAACCAUUGCUCAACAACAAUAACUAUUGAGCCAUAUUGAUGAAAGAUCAAUUAUUGAAAUGUAAUCUUAGUACAAAUGGAAUAAUUCUGUAAACCUUUUAUUGAUCUUAUUAUGCUGUAAGAUAAUACUAUUUUUUUAUAAUAUACUGACAUGCCAUGGAUUUCAUCUAAAAUGAUAUAUCUAAGAAAAGUGAGUAUAUAAUAAUAAAUGUAAAUAUGACUGUUUCAAUUGUGAAAGAUGUUAAUCAAUUUGUCUUUUUUUCUAAUCAAAUAUCUUCAGUUAAGUCGAGUAUAUCCUUUUGAAGAUAAGAUCGGCAUUAGGUUGAUUAGACAAUAACUCUUGUAAUAAGUUGAAAUGUAAAGUGAUUUUAGUAUUGGACUCCUCAGGAGUGUACAUCCACGAUCGUGCCCCAUGAGAUUCGAACCAAGGGCUUAUCAGUCUCGCUCGAGAACGUUUAACCUUGUGGUUCUGAAUCUGACCCCAUUUAGAUCAAAUGAAUGAUUACUGACAAGAUUCAAAUAUUGGCUAUCUUCGUAUAUAAUCAUCGACUUGAAUCACGUUAGUGAAUAACGGGAUUAAAUAAGUCAAAUACGAGAACGGAUUUUUGAAUACAUAUAUUUUGUACACUCAGUGAUCUGGACAGACAAUCAAAGUGACGAAGCGAAAAUAAGAGAGCGAAACGAAAUGAUGCGCGUUGGAGAAGGUGUGUGAGCCACCCCCACUUUAAUCAAGCGUUAAUCGAUGUUUACAGCCGAACAAAAAUUAGUUACAGAUAUGUGAUGAAUAGGAUAAGAAGUGCACAUACAUAUGCUCACAUAAAAACAGUCAAGGUUAAUAAGCAAAUAAUGUGACUUAAGAAGGAUGAAUAAAUUGGCCUGUUAGGAAGCCAGAAUAUGCUAAAUUGGCUUAACAUAGUAACCGAUACUACAGCACCUUUUAACAUACUGCUACGUGUUCAGUGUUAAUGUUUACAGUACUUAUCCAGUAGCUAUGACUAACUAAUUAGAUUUUCUGCAGAUACUGUAUGCUCUUCUGCCAAAAACUAAUCGUUCAUCUUAUUUAGAAUCGUUUUAAGAGAACAGUCAAAAUGCUGUUAUAUUAUUAUUCACGAAGUAUUUAAUGUAUAUUUUUGAGUUAGAUCAUAAAUGCUUUUGAGUUUAUUGUGCACACCAAACAUCAGAACAGAAUAUUCCUGUGUGACUAAAUAUUAGAUAACUAAUUUCUUUUCAUUACUUUCACACUGAUUACAAUAGUUUUUCCAAUGAAAUAAGAUCAUUUUUAUUGAAGGUAAAAUCUAAACAAGGUAGAUAAGCAAACAAAAAUGUUUCUAGUUCCUUCAUUUAUAUGCUUAAAUAAAUUACGGUUAUCAGCAUGCAUCCUUCUUUUUACAUAUAGAAUUUUCUGUAUGAGAUAAUUAUAGGAAAUGAAUUGCUAAUUGAAUCUUUACACGAACAAGCUUCACAUACACACACGAAAAGCAGAGUAAGAUUUUUUUCUUUUAAAAAUCAAACUGUAUAUCAAAGCAAGCGUAUUGCAUCAAUGCAUUCAGUUUUACGUGACCAUUUGUAUCAUGACUCUCAUAAUGAACGUUUUCUAGAGUUCACUUACAUCCUACUGAUUAUACUAAUGAAAACGAUAUUUAUUUUGGUGACGUUUUAGAACAUCCAAUGAGCAAAUCAGGUAUAAAUGAAUAUAACGGUAACAUAUUUUAUACUCGUUUGUAAAAAGAUUAGCGAAAUGUCACUAUUAUCCUCAGUCUACUCAAUUUUAAAAUUUUUAAUCCAAUCUUUCAACGAUAUGUGACUUGUCAAAAUAUCAACCUUCUUGUAAUAAUGAUAUAGAUGCCACACCAGCCAUAUAGUUGAAUGGCCACAUGAACUCAGUAUCUCAGUAGAUAACACGUUAAGUGUUUGAAGCUAAAGGCACUAGUUUCGACCCUCAGUGUGAAUAUAAACACUAGUAUUCAGGUACCCCUAGUGGGCGAGAUUCCUCUUCUGGUCAUACUUCAUCAACCCUGUUUAAACUUGUAAAAUAUGGUUAUACUGAAACAACUCAAAUAGGUUGCACAUAUGAUAACAAUUACUGGUCAAAGUUAUCAACAACGGAAUGAUCUGAAUCUUAUUAAUUGGCGAAACAAUAAAUUUAAUGAGAGAAGACAAUGAACAACACCUUCCUCCACCACUAUGCAGGGUUUAAAUAAAUAAUAGAAUUAAUCAAAGCUCAUUCUUUGUAAUGUUGCAUAGAAGCUAACUGAAUCAGAUUAUUAGACUUAUUAGAACCUUGAGUAUAUGAAAAUUCAUACCCUUUUUGCAUAUUCAGAAAACAGUACGUUGAGUCAACUCCUGUAAUGUAGGUUUUCAUUUCAUUUCAGUGGUGAUUUGGUUAAUCACCUCUCCAAACUCGGAUUUGAAAAUGCCAUAUUUUAGCUUACUAAUAAUCACUGAUAAAAAAUUUAAGAUUGUAAGAGUAGUUUAUGAUUAAAAUAUUUAUAAACCAUACAAAAUAUUUCGUCAAAUCAUCUAAAUAAAAUCUCAUUCUUUCUUAUUCCAUUACAGUGUAACAUGAUUCAUUGUAAUUUUACCUAAAUCCAGUCCAUUGAUCUGGUUUAACACGAUGUUUAGUCAAGUAAAUUGAAAACCUAUGUCCUAUAUUUACCAAACCUUUGGAUGUUUUCCAAGUUUUAUCGUCUUUUUUCUAUACAACCUCGUUGAUUAAUUACUCUAUUAUUUAGUAUUAAUGGUCUGUAGUGACUCACAUUUAUCACGAGAACACGACUGGUUUAAUAAAAACAAUUAUUAUUAUAACCAACUGUACCAGUGUUUGUUUUAACGUGCUUUUGUUUGACUGUGCUAAUGACAGCUAUUUUGUGCUUCCAUUCUUAUUCUUACACUUUGAUUGUAACUUCGCGCGAAUUCGGUUACCUUCUGUAACCAAGCUUGUAUCCUGGCACGAUCUCGGUAUCAGCAAAUAAACCUCGACUUGGUCC